AGGAACUGAGGACGGCCGCAGUCAAUGCACGCUUCGCCUGUAACGCCCCAUAUCUGCUGAUCACCACAUAAUUCUCGCGUUCUCUCUAUGAACAAUGGUACCUGGCCGUUGGUAUCCGAGUAGGUGACGGGUUGAUGCGUGCUCUUGCUCAGCCUAUGUUGGGGGGAUUUCGUCAUGUAAGUCGGCGACAGUUAAAUCGUGGCUGGCAACCCCAUCGUACUUCGGAGAGUUCCCUAUAAAAAGGCACUGUUCAUGCUCGCUCUUAGCCAGUUGGCCGACGACACUCGUGACCGGUCGCUGACUCCUGACCACAGUCAUGUGUGACGACGAAGAACAAGCGUCGAUCGUCUGCGACAAUGGCUCGGGAAUGGUCAAAGCGGGCUUCGCCGGAGACGACGCCCCCAGGACCGUCUUCCCCUCCAUCGUCGGACGCGCCCGUCACCACGGCGUAAUGGUUGGCAUGGGUCAGAAGGACGCCUACGUCGGCGAAGAGGCUCAGAGCAAGAGAGGCAUCCUUACCCUCAAGUACCCGGUCGAGCAUGGUAUCAUCACCAAUUGGGACGACAUGGAGAAGAUCUGGCACCACUCAUUUUUCAACGAAUUGCGCGUCGCCCCCGAGGAAUCCCCGACGCUUCUGACGGAGCCUCCCCUCAACCCCAAGGCGAAUCGCGAGGAGAUGACCAGGAUCAUGUUCGAGACCUUCGGCGUCCCCGCCAUGUACGUCGCCAUUCAAGCCGUCAUGUCGCUCUACGCUUCCGGUCGUACCACGGGCAUGGUCUGCGAUUCGGGCGACGGCGUUUCUCACAUGGUGCCCAUCUUUGAGGGCUACGCUCUGCCCCACGCUAUGCUAAGACUCGACAUGGCCGGUCGCGAUCUCACCCUUUACUUGAUGAAGAUCAUGACGGAGAGAGGAUACACCUUCACCACGAGCGCCGAGCGCGAGAUCGUCCGCGACAUCAAGGAGAAGCUUUGCUACAUCGCCCUCGACUUCGACAGCGAGAUGAUGACGGCGGCGGCUUCGUCUUCCUUGGACAAAUGCUUCGAACUUCCAGACGGCCAGGUCAUCACCAUCGGCAGCGAGCGCUUCCGAGCCCCGGAGGCUCUCUUCACGCCUUCCGUUUUGGGCAUGGAAUUGGCGGGCAUCCACGAGGCCGUCUACCAAGGGAUCAUGAAGUGUGACAUCGACAUCAGGAAGGACCUCUUCGCCAACACCGUCAUGUCCGGCGGCACCACCAUGUACCCGGGCAUUGCUGACAGGAUGCAGAAGGAACUCACGGGUCUCGCUCCCUCGUCCAUCAAGAUCAAGAUCAUCGCGCCCCCUGAGAGGAAGUACUCCGUUUGGAUCGGCGGUUCCAUCCUGGCCUCCCUCUCCACCUUCGAGUCCAUGUGGGUUUCCAAAGAGGAGUACGACGAGUCUGGCCCCAGUAUUGUUCACCGCAAGUGUUUCUAAUAACAUGAAUAUUCUAUCCAGAUAUAGUAUAUUUUUAUAUGAACAGAAAUUAUAAGGAUUCGUUUUUA